AGGCGAUCUCUCUCUUUCUCCAUCGAUUCCGGCACACUGAGGAUAACACUAACAACAGCAACAUGGUUCGCAACGCAAAGAUUCCUGUCUACUCGCUUCGUCGGCAACUGUUGCGCAUGUCCUGGAACAAGUACAACCUCUACAAUCUCGCUCAGCGCGCAAGGACACCCAACAACUCUAACAAAACUUUGUAUCAGCAAAAGUGGGCAGCAAAGAAGGACACCCGCUCAUAUCACGGAGACCAGAUUACAGAGCGUCAAUGGCAAUCUAUGUUCAAGACUCGUCUGCCUACCGCUAACACCAAGGUCGGAGGCGUCGAGCCUCACCCACCAGUCUUUUCCUUGACCUUUGCGGAGAUGGAGAGACGCUUGGAUUUCAUUGUCUUCAGGAGCAACUUUGCACCCAGCAUUUAUGCUGCCCGCCAGCUGGUUGGCCAUGGAAAGGUCACUGUCAAUGGCAAGCCGAUGCCUUAUCCCUCGCACCGAGUAACAGACGGAGACAUUAUUCAUGUUAACCCGGCAUCUAUCUCGACCUUGAAGAAUGCAGCACCAGCAGAGGGGGAGGCGGCCGAAUCAUCCAUCAAGGCACCCAUGGAGUUCGUACCCAAGCCAUUCUCUCAACCUUUUCUUUUUGUCCCCGAUUACCUCGAAGUCAACUACAAUACCUGCUCGACUUGCUUUCUUCGCUCACCAAUCUCUCGUCCAGGAAAGACCGAGAUUCCAAGUCCCUUCCCACCGCAGAUGCACGCCUUGGCAUAUGAAUUUUACGCCCGUAACAGGAAGUAAAGCGGUAGUGGAGGAGUCAUAUAGAGUUUCACAAUCAAAAGGCACUUUAAUGGUGUGAGAUCACGGAACGGUGGCGCUGCGAUGCAGGAAGGAAGAGGAAGUUGAACGAACUGUUACAUUACCAUAGAUUCAGAA